GGGCCGGGGCGCGGCGUGAGGGGGGUCCCGGGGGUGUCCCGUGGGUACCGGGAUUCCAAAGGGAAAGUGGCCCGGGACCCCCGGGUGCGGCGCCUCCUCGGCUUCUUUGUCUUUAUUUCUGGUCUUUUUUUGUUUAAUUGCCAUUUUUUUCCAGUGGCGGGCAGAGAGCGGGCGAGGAAAGGAGCAGAAAAUAGCAACCCGCAGAUCCCGCAGGCCUGAGAGGCGAGAGCGGUGUGGGUUUUCCCCAAAACAACUCCAGAAAUGCUCCCCAGCCAAAGCGGAGCUGGAGGGAGACGGAAAUUCCAUCAGCAUCCGCUGCGCUCACUGAAUUCCAUCAGCCAAGCGAUACGCACGGGCAGAGGGAGCCCCUCCUUGGAUAGAGCCCUCCUUGUCCGCCGGGCUUUGUGCAGCGCCUUGGCCGGCAGGGCCCUUCUGAUGGCAUGAAAAUGCUCAGGGAUCGCUUUUCAGGAGAGGUCCCUGCGGACCUUCCCUUUGAAAUGAAUGAAGCAGCCCCACUGUCUUCCUCUGUUAUCUAAAAACACGGCUGCGGGUACCAUUUCUGGGAGACAAUUGAGGGCUUGGCUGUAGCUGGGAGUUUGGGCUGUUUUCCUGUGCUUUUGAGGCCAGUGGAAAGUUUCCACCGUGCCUAAAGGUGUGGUCGUACAUCCCUCCUCAGUCCUGCCCGAGGAUUUGGGAUUGUUUCUUCCUGUUGCAAGGGUUAAUCUGGAUGCGUCGCUGCCACGGGCAACCUGACCUCUGAAUUUUUGUGGACUUGUUGGAAAAUGCAACCCCACUUCUUUGUGUGGAAACAGGACCUUUCUGAGGGCAGAAGAGAGCAGUGCCAUCCGUUUCAGAUAACGUGAUGUGCGUAGGGUUGGCUUUGGUGGCAAUUUAAGGAGUGGAAUGGGGGGGUCCAGGUGUGGGCUGGGGGCCGCUGGGUGAGGGCUGGCGGAGCUCGGGCUGUGCUCGUCCCCUCGGCAGCUGCUGCCGUGCGGGAUCAGUUGCCGGCUCUGGGGAGGGGACAGGCGGCUGCGGGAGCUGCCACAGGUUGUGCCUGCGCUGGGAUUUGGUUUCCCCUGGAGAGCCGGCGCGUCCUCCCGCCGCUCUUUGUUCCCAAGCCCGUGGGAAAACCCCGCUUGUCGGAGGGAGGGGUGGGUCAUAAAACGAGACUGUGACAAAAGAGCUGAUGGAGGGAGUGAGCAUCAACUUGUUUUCCACUUCCAAAUAUUGUUUGGGAAUUCUUUUUUUUUUUUUUCUUUUUUUUCUUUUUUUGUGUUUACUGUUGAUGCUCCCUUGGCUGGUCUCUGCUGGCACUAGCUGGGGGACUACCAGCAAAAUCACUCUGCUGACGUUUUCCUGCUGCCAGCACCUUGGUUUGGGCUGGAAUUGUUGGAAGAGGCUGUGUUGGGUCUCCUUGAUUUGGCUCAGGGGUUGUCCUGCAGCAGCUCCUCACUCAAGCCCAAGCGAGUGGAAGCAUUUCCAUAAAUUAAUUUCCCAAAGAGUUAAUUUCAUGAAUUGAGGUAGAAGCUGCAGAGCUGAGCUCCAGGUUUGAGUUUUACAGCCUCCUACCUCCCCCUCUAACUUUUUAUAGCUGCUUCUUGCUUCUGGGUGGCUUCUACUUCAAGGUUUUGGGUUUGUAUCUUUAAAAAUGCUCAGGCUUCCACCCCAACAGCCUUCAGGGCUCAGCCACACCAGUAGGUGCUUUGUGUCUGAGUUAAUGAUGUCUCAUUCAGGCCCAGUGACCUCAUGGUGCACAAAGUGCUGGUGACAUUGGCCAUCAGUGCAGGACUCCAGUGCCAGCAAGGUGUAAAGCCCAGGUUUGUUCCUGGCAUGGCUGGGUUGGAAUGAGAUUUUCCUGGUGUGUCACAUCUUCAAAACCAGGAAAUGCUGCUGAGAUGUGAGCGUUUUCUCUUUCUGCUGUCCCACCUGACAUACCAAGAUGCUUCUUUAUGAAUUUCAGGGUCUCACCCAGGUCAUGCUUAAGCUCUUCGUUAUUGGGCAAACCCAGUUUUUGGCAUGGAGACAAGGGGGGAUGGUGAGAUGCCAUUGCUCUGUGCUGUGCAUUUCAGAGAGCCCGAGGCUCAGCAUCAUCCUGUGGAAGAAGCUCUGUCCUGAUGGCUGUGGAUGUGGGAAAGUCACCUUCUGAAGCCUCACUGAGCGGGAAGGCCGAGGGCGAUGGGAGGUGGGACAGUGCAGAUGUGGAGACGGACUUCCCGGAGCUGGCAGGGAGCCUGCAGCGGCUUUUGGGGACAGAGGAAGCCAAGCCCAGGCUGCAAGGGACAGAGAGCGUGGCAGUGAGCAGACACAGUCACAUGGCCACUGGUGUUACCCAUGGAGGCUCAAGCUGCCACCCAGAAGUGUCUUCAGCCUCUGCACCUGGAUUUCCCAGAGCAAGAGCAAACCCCUCAGGGAAAGGGGCAUUAAUGGAUGCUGAUGGUGGCCCUGUGCCUCGUCGAGUUGGCCACUGGUUCCUCUCCUCAGAAGAACAGCAGGUGAAGGCAUCGGGCUGUUGGGACCCGGCGUCCAGCCCUCCCAGCCAGCGCAGCUCUGCCGAGGAGAACAUCCUUGCUGGCAGCCGCCACGAUGUCCAUGUUGGCCGUCGGAGACAAAGUCUGGGAGCUCGAUCCCCGUGUCCUUCCACCCCAGAGCUCCUGCGGCCCCAAACCCCGCCCAGCCCCGGGAGCGCCCUGCGGAGCCGCUCCGUGCUGAGCCUCUCCGCUCUGUCCUCAGAAGGGGACGGCCCCUCCGAGGAGCCGUCCGGCAGCUUGCCAGCCAGCACGGAUGUCCCUUCUCCUGCGGCCACCACGGCCGCCCAGGACCUGCGCUGCCGAUGGGGAGCAGAGGGCAGGGCCCUGCAGAGGCGGGAGCCCCUGGGCCCUCUGCUCGAUUACCGCAGCGCCGUGGGGCGCACCCGAGAGAUCUCCUCCUACCAAGCCGAUUACUGGGCCUGUGCCAUUCCGGAUUCACUGCCCCCAUCCCCGGACCGCAGCUCACCCCACUGGAACCCCAACAAAGAGUACGAGGACUUGCUGGAUUAUGCUUACCCGCUGAGGCCGAGGUACAAGCUGGGAAGGAUGCCGGAGCCUUUCUUCCACGACUCGGGAAUAGGUCUGGACAGCUUUUCUGCUUCUCCUGAGGGCACAUCCAGGUCCACCAGCAUCUACGGCCGAGCUGGGCAGGCUCGGGGAAGCAGAGAAAAUGUACUUUGGGAGUUUGUGGCCUCUGCAGAGAGAUUCUCCACCCCGAAGCCUGGAAAAGGAGGCUGCUCAGGAGCUGGCUCAUACUGUGAACCUUUACCUAUUGCCAAAGCAUCAUUUGCAAGGAGUGCUUCCUCUCAUCCUUCCAGAGGUUUUGCUAAGGAUGUAAGGGUGGAAUCAGCUGGGCCAAGCUCACCUGGGUGCCCUACUGGCGAUGGGAGAAGCUGGGCUACCAGAGGGAGCCCCUGCCCAAAAUACACAGGGCAGGCAAAAAAACCCAGUAGGUUUUUACCCACCACAGGAGUGUUCCCCCUGAGGAAGGAGUGGGAAGGUGAUGAAGAAUUUCUUUCCCUGCCUCCGAGACUACAGGAGCUGGAAAGGCUGGCUCAGUUUUUGUCCAAUCUUUCCUUAACUAUAAGGAUGCCCAGGCAUGACCACCAUAACCUUCCACAUCACAGCACCAGCAGGCAGCCCCUUUCAUCCAGGUUGGCUCCUUUCAGAGAAGCGAGAGGCAGGGACAACAGAGGGAAUAUUGAGGGUUAUGAUGGGCUGUGGCAACACCGCAGCUCCCGAAAGCCCAGCUGGGAAGACAUGGAAUCAUAUGGCUGGAUCCAUAGGGAUCCUCUCCAGGGGCGUCAUCUACCAUCUGGUCUCAGGGACACGCUGGAUGGGAUGUACCUAAAUGAGCCACGGGUCAAGGGGCAUCCAAAGAAGAGCCAGCAGGGCGAGUCCCUUGUCCAGUGUGUUAAGAUGUUUUGCUCCCAGCUGGAAGAGCUGAUCUGUUGGCUGUACAACGUGGCGGAUGUCACCGGCAGCUGGGUGCCACCCUCACCAGAUGCUGAGAGCGUGCUGGCAUCACUGCACCGCUACCUGGAGUUCAGGAAGGAUGUGGCUGACCACCGGAGCCUGACUGAGAGCGUGCUGGAGAGGGGAGAAGCUCUCCUGGCCUGCAUGGCAUCUAAUUCUCCAGCUCUGAAAGACACGCUGGGUCUGAUUGCCAAACAGUCAGAAGAGCUCGAGAGCCACGCAGAGCACCUGUAUGAGUCCAUCCUGGCUGCUGUGCGGGGCAAGGACGCGCUGCAGGACGAGGGGGGUGCAGCACAUGGCUGCUCCAUGGGUGCUGCUGAAGUCAGGCCUAGGCUGCAUUAGCCCAUCUCAGGAAGGCCAAGAAGAAUUGCAGCAAGCACCAAACCACCUCCAUCACCUCUCCAGAGAUGCCAAAAUCUGUGUCCAGUUGCCCACAGGGCUGAUUCCGGCGUGGGUUUGUGCCAGGGCUUGAGAAAGGUGCCCUGUACAGAAGGUGUGCGGCUGCUGAGAUGUCUGGAGUUGUGUAAGGAAUGUACAGCUGGCCUUUUCUGGUUUGUUUAUUAACAUAGCUUCCCUUUUUUUAUUGAAGUGGGCUGUUCUGUGUUAGCAAAACAUCAGGAACACGGAGUUUUUAACUGAGCAAUCCAUAGUGUGCUGUGAGCUCGCUAAGUAAAGCCUUGUGAUUUUAAUAGCCCUGUUCUCAUGGUUUGUUUAUGCUCAUCAAAAAUAGGUGUGAGAAGCCAAGAAAUAGCAACUCCUUCUGGUUCUUGGGAGCAAACUGAGGGCCUGUUUAUAAUUACCACUCCCUGCUGAAGCAGGGCCUACUUAACUUUCAAUUUUGUUAUUCAAAAACACAAAAAGCCAUGAUACUGAAUCCCAAUAAAGCAAUAAACAAGCGAGUACAGGCAGGGAGGAGCCAGGUUCUGUGUAAGCUGCUGGUUCCUGCUGCUGGCAGGAGCUGCGUUAGUGCUGUGCUGGUUUCCUGGGGUAAAGAGUCGUGCCUUCCCCCCUUCCAGCUACUGCAGUUAAACCACUGCUCAGAACAUUCAUCAAGGGUUUCCAAACCCCUCCUCCAACAGAAAAAGGGCAGCUCUGAAACAGCAUAAGGUUAGUAGCCAAAAAAAGUUACAGAAUGUUGCUACUUGGCUUUAAUUAACCUUUAAUCUGAGUGGUGAUCAUCAUAUUUUUGUGCAGAAUACAUAAGUUCUCCCAUUCCUGUGAACAGAACACAGAGAAGUUUCUGUUCUGCACAAGCAGAAGGUGAAAGCAAAGUUAAACUGAAGCAGUUACAGCAAAUAAUUAAUUGGGGUUUUGAUAUUCUCCCAUCUUCUACAUCCUCAGCUUGAAGGGCAAAUUUUUUUGGCCCAUUGUGUCCCAAGUAUUCAGUAUUUCAGCUCACAAACUACAGUGCGUUUUUCCAGGACUUUCAGGCCUGCUCUACCCUCGUCACACAGCUCAGCCUGACAACCCCAGGCUGCAGCAUGGAGCAGCACCAGCCCAACGACCCAUUUGUGACUGAGGGGGAAACAAAGAACCACCAAACACCUGGUGUAGCCCAACUGGUUUUGUAAUGCUUUUAUUACUGUAUAUAUUAACAUUGGUUUGGAUAGUAUGUAGCAGGCAUCUCAACAUUGAAGUUCAUUUGUGCACUCUCUGCAGGGAAGAUGUUUUACCCUCAACACACCUCCUUCUGCUUCACUUCCUGACCUCAGCAGCACUCACUGCUCCUCCUGUUCUGGAGGAGCAGGAGAUCACAUGUAUAAUGAAUUAUACUGACAAGCACAUCUCUACUAGAAAGCACAUCACUUUAUUGUGAAGGUCUCAAGUGGAAGAGUUCAACUUAACCAUGACAAUACUUUAUGUAUUACAAUUGCCUGUUGACUUAUGCAACUAUGUUGAAGAAAGCUGUUAGCCAAAGUCACCCCCCCC